AUGGGCACAUCCCCAGGACCAGCCCAGCUGUGGUCUGACUCAGGAGCCCCCAUCCACGCAACUUCCCAGCUCUUGCAGCACCUCUUCCUGCUCCCAAAUAAACUCCUUGGUCACCUGAUUCUCUUUUCCUGUUGUGCUCCUGGGGACACACAUGGUUGCUGCCAGCAGUCUAGCUGCCAGCCGGCUUGCUGCACCUCCUCCCCGUGCCAGCAGUCCUGCUGUGUGCCCGUCUGCUGCAAGCCUGUCUGCUGCAAACCCGUCUCCUGUGUGCCCGUCUGCUCUGGGGAUUCCUCUUCAUGCUGCCAACAGUCCAGCUGCCAGCCGGCUUGCUGCACCUCUUCCCCGUGUCAGCAGUCCUGCUGUGUGCCCGUCUGCUGCAAGCCUGUCUGCUCCAAGUCCGUCUGCUGUGUGCCUAUCUGCUCUGGGGGUUCCAUUUCAUGCUGCCAGCAGUCUAGCUGCCAGCCGGCUUGCUGCACCUCUUCCCCGUGCCAGCAGUCCUGCUGUGUGCCCGUCUGCUGCAAGCCUGUCUGCUCCAAGCCCGUCUCCUGUGUGCCCAUCUGCUCUGGGGCUUCCAAUUCAUGCUGCCAGCAGUCUAGCUGCCAACCAGCUUGCUACACCACCUCCUGCUGCAGACCCUCCUCCUCCGUGUCCCUCCUCUGCCACCCCGUAUGCAGGUCCACCUGCUGCGUGCCCGUCUCCUCCUACUGUGCCCCCACCUCCUCCUGCCAGGCCAGCUGCUGUCGCCCGGCCUCCUGCGUGUCCCUCCUCUGCCGCCCCGUGUGCUCCCGCCCGGCCUGCUGAGGGCUCGGCUCAGGCCAGGAGUCCAGUUGCUGAUGGGCACAUCCCCAGGACCAACUGGUCCUGACUCGGGUUAGAGGUUGCCCCCACCUGGGACGGGGCCCCUAUGUGCUGAGGUGACCUACCCCUCCUUGCUCCCAGGAGCCCCCAUCCACGCAGCUUCCCAGCUCUUGCCUCCUAGCAGGUGCUCACCUGCCUGCUGG